CGAAUGACCUCAACCUCUCGGCACAGGCCUCGAAGCAGCCCGUCCCAGCUUUCGUUGCUUCUUCUGCGCGUCUUCCUCUUGUUGCUAUACAUAUCGCGUAGCAUCUCGAAGCCUCGCGGUAUGCAUCUACUGACGCUGCCAUCUACACAACCCCUAUAGCUUAUUUUCGUCCCUAAGAAUCCUGUCGCGACGUUAGACGCAGAUAGCCGAAGCUCGCGUUUCUUAUCACAGAGCUCAACAGCACACGCAGCCCAACAUGCCGGGUGAGCGUUCGGCAUCCACGAAUCCACAGGCGGUGCCGUCGUCGCGAGAUUCUGGAGGAAGCUCUCCGUCACAGUCUGUUCGCGCAGGCUCUAUCGCGCGACUGGGCUCGCCCAUUCCUUCCCUACCCAGCGGUACACCUGCCGUACGCCAAAUACCCACACCUUCCCAAACAGCCAACUCGUCGUCGAUACAGACUCCUCUGCCCGGACGCGCAGAUCCACAAUCGUCGCUGCCCGGCCCAUCCGAGUCAAACCUCUCUUCGGCUUUGAAAGAGUCUCUGGGCAAUUCACCCCCACGAUUCGGCCCACCUCCAAUCCGCCCGCUCUCACCCGCCCAAGAGGCGCCUCCUCGUGUCCCACCUAGUGAUUACGGUUCCUUUGAUGGCCGAGGUCGCUCUCCAGUACCUUAUGAAGAUGCCGAGAUCGUGCGCCGACAUCUGGUAGGUCACUAUGCCUCACCAAGCAGAUCAAAUCGCGGACACAUAGGCGAGGAUGACGCCCAGUCAACCGGAAUGAGGCCCGAAGAAGACGAAGAGCAGUUCUCGAGCUUGCAGCUUCAAGGAGGUGACAUCACGCGGCAGAUUUACAGAUGGAGUGAGCAGCAACAAGCUGAAGAACAGGGAAAGUUGCAGCGUAGCAAGAGCUUCCAUGGAUCUCGGCGCAAGCCUGAGGACGAGGCACUAGACAUUGAUUCCAUCCGGCAGCCAGGCGGCUUCAGACGAAACUACCUGCGUCGGGCGGCCGAUAGUCCCUCGCCUGGUCCGGGCCCAUCUGGAUACGGAACAGUUCGCCAGCCGCGCCAGCCGCCUCAAGUCUUUACGAGCAAUUUCCUCGAGUUUCUGACUCUGUACGGCCACUUCGCUGGUGAGUCUCUUGAAGAAGACGAUGAGGUCCUGGGCCCAGACGAAUACUUCUCCUCUGAUGCACUCGAUUCCGGUGCACAAAGCGAGGAUGAAGACCGCGAGUAUGGCGAGUCGAGCGCACUGCUCACUCCUGGAAAACGGAGGAAGCGUAAGGCGAAGAAGACAGGCACCGGCAGCCCUACAGGUGCAGCCAUGCUGCUCCUCAAAUCCUUCGUUGGCACGGGUGUCUUAUUCCUUCCUAGAGCCUUCCUCAACGGCGGUAUGGCCUUUUCGAACCUGGUCCUUCUUGCUGUGGCAGGACUCUCCUAUGCCUGUUUCGUCUUGCUUGUUUCCACCCGCCUCGUGGUGGAGCACUCAUUUGGUGACAUGGGCUUCCAUCUCUAUGGAAACUGGAUGCGCAACAUGAUCAACUCCUCUCUUGUCGUCUCGCAAAUAGGCUUCUCAUCCGCCUAUAUUGUCUUCGUUUCUGAGAAUCUGCAAGCUUUUGUUCUCGCAGUGUCCAACUGCAAGACCUUCAUCGACAUCAAGUACAUGAUUAUGAUGCAGAUGGUCAUCUUCUUGCCGUUGUCGCUCUAUCGCAACAUCAACAACAUUCAGAAGCUCGCAUUGGUAGCAGAUCUCUUCAUUCUCAUGGGUCUUGUAUAUCUGUACUACUAUGACCUCUUCACCAUCGUCGACCAGGGCGGCAUUUCCGAUAUCGUCAAUUUCAACGCCAAGGAUUGGACUCUCUUCAUUGGCACUGCCAUCUUCACUUUCGAAGGUAUUGGUCUUAUCAUCCCCAUCCAGACGGGCAUGAAGGAUCCAAAGAAGUUCCCCAAGGUCUUGGGAGGUGUCAUGAUCAUCAUCACUGUCAUCUUCCUCAGCGCUGGUGCCCUGUCCUACGCGGCGUUUGGAUCCAAAACCAAGACUGUGGUACUUCUCAACAUGCCUCAGGAUAACAAAUUCGUCAAUGGUGUCCAGUUCAUUUACUCACUCGCCAUCUUGCUAUCCACUCCGCUGCAGAUCUACCCUGCAAUCGAGAUCACUAGCCAGCAGCUGUUUAGCAGGACAGGCAAGUACAAUCCGUACGUCAAGUGGAAGAAAAACUUCUUCCGCUUCUUCGUGGUCUUGGUGUGCGCCUGUCUUGCCUGGGCCGGUGCGGGCGAUCUGGACAAGUUUGUCAGUUUAGUAGGCAGCUUUGCCUGUAUUCCGCUGGUCUUCAUCUAUCCUCCUUUGCUUCACUACCGUGCUGUCGCACGAACAACAACUGCACGUGUGCUGGACGUAACACUCUGCAUUAUCGGUGCAGUUGGCAUGGUGUAUACAACAACUCUCACUAUCCAAAGCUGGAUCCACGGUGGUGGUCCUAAAGCGCCUGGCUACUGCGACGGUCGGUAGUCGAUGUCUCCUACUCGCAAAUUGACUCAUCUCUUGUUUCGCAUUCCAUAUAGCAUUUUAGCGAUGUACAUAAGCAUCAAUCUUUGGGUGUACCUCGUCAUAGAAGUGGCGCUACGCAGGCUGGGGUUUAGGGUGUACUUGGAAAGCGAUCUAUCACACGCGCAUAUCCGGAUGAAUAGAAGCGACGAGGCUCAGGUCUAUCCGUUGUAUCAAUGUAGAACCAGACUAGUCUCUUCUUUGCUUUUCGACCG